ACGGAUGCCAUAAUACCCAAAGGCGUGGUUCAGAUCCUAGAGAGAGAAAGUAACAGCUCUAUUUUCCAUGGCGAUUUAGUCAAGAAUUUCUUCGAUUUUGGGUUCUCUGUUAGCUGUAAACCGCUAUUUCCUUUGUUUAAAUCGUUCCCAAAGCAACAAGACUUGGAAUCAAGACCUAUUUCAUCUCUUAUUUCUGAUCUGCAUAAUACUAUCUAUCUCCUGAAAGGAAGACGAAGCCAAAAUGAUGCAGAUGGACAGGAGACCUUAUAUGGAUGAGUUUGAAAAGCUACUUGUGCGAAUGAACACUCCAAGGGUCAUGAUCGACAAUGCCGGUUGUGUAAACGCAACCCUAGUCAUGAUUGAUAGUGCCAGAAAAGAUAGAAUUCUUCUAGAGGCUGUUCAAGUGCUUACAGAUUUGAAUCUUCUGAUUAAAAAAGGCUAUGUCUCAUCCGAUGGAAGGUGGAACAUGGAUGUUUUUCAUGUUACCGAUUUGGGUGGUAACAAAUUGACGGACAACAACAUCAUCAAUUGCAUUCAACAUUCACUCGGUACAAUUCGCAACACAAGAUCCAAAUCGAUCGAUGGAAUGACAGCAAUCGAGUUAACCGGGACCGACCGAGUCGGCCUUCUCUCCGAAGUUUUUGCGGUUCUUUCGGAACUCAAAUGUGAUGUGGUUGAAUCCAAAGUAUGGACACACAAUGGCCGGAUCGCGGCUCUCAUUUACUUAAAAGAUUGUGAUUCCGGAUGCUCGAUUGAAGAUUCUCAAAAAAUUGAGAAAAUAGAAGCGAGGUUAAGAAACGUACUUAAAGGGGAUAACGAUAUCCGAAGUGCAAAAACUUCGGUUUCAAUGGCAAUCACUCACACUGAGAGACGACUUCACCAAAUGAUGUUUGCAGACCGUGAUUACGAGCGGUCUGCAAACAUAAAAACCAGUGGCGAAUGCGAUCAUUCGCCACUGGUUUCUGUUCAAAAUUGUUUGGAGAAAGGGUAUUCGGUUCUAAACAUUCAGUGCAAAGAUCGUCCUAAGCUUUUAUUCGAUGUUCUUUGCACUUUAACCGAUAUGCAAUAUGUCGUGUUUCACGCAACCAUUAACACCACAGAAACCGGAGCGUAUUUGGAAUUCUUUAUUAGACAUAUGGAUGGAACCCCGAUUAGUUCGGAAGCCGAAAAGCAGCGCGUGACACUUUGCUUGCGGGCCGCCAUUGAGAGAAGAGCAUCCGAGGGUGUGAGGCUUGAGCUAUGUACGAUGGAUAGACCGGGGCUAUUAGCAGAAGUGACACGAACAUUUAGAGAAAACGCGUUAAAUGUGACAAGAGCCGAAAUAUCAACAACAAUGGGAACGGCUUUAAACAUAUUUUAUGUGACGGAUGCACUUGGGAAUGACGUGGAUUCAAGAAUGAUAGAAUCGGUCCGACAAGGAAUCGGGUCGGAUUGCCUAAGGGUAAAGGAACUACCAUUUAGGAAUCAACAAAAAGGAGAGAAUGAAGAACAACAUGGAGGUGGAAGUGGACUUGGUGGGGCGGUUUUGUUGUCACUUGGGAGUUUAGUUAAAAAGAAUCUUUAUAAUUUAGGGCUGAUAAAGUCGUAUUCUUGAGAAUAAAAAAAAAAAAGAAAAAAGAUUUAAGAUUUGUGUUUUGUACAGAAGAGAGAUGAAAGAAAUAUUAUUGGUGAAGGUUGGUGAUUAGUAGGUGGACACAUACAUAUGUUAGGUUUGGGUUGAUGAAAUGAAAGGGGGCCACAUUACACAUAGAUAGAAGAAGGGGAAAUGGAUUGAUGGGUAAUUAUUUAGGUAGGUGAUUGGUUUACACUUGCAUCCAUUUGUUCCCUAAUAGACAUUAGUUAGUAGUUAGUAGUUUGUACAUACAACUUAUUUUAUAUCUACUACAAUUACUGUUUGACCAA